AUGUCUUCCUCUGCGCCCACGGGGCUCACAAGAGCCUACCUCUUCACCUACAACACUCUAAACCUCCUCGCCUGGGGCAGCUGCGUAGUCUCCGUCGCCAGCCUUCUCCCGGCUGCCAUCUCCAAGAACAAGAUCCCUUCGAUCUUCAAUGAAACAUUCCACCCCCUCCUGCUCACUCAAUCCCUCGCCAUCCUCGAAGUCGUCCACAGCCUCGUCCGCCUCGUGCGCGCACCCUUCGUCACAACCGCGAUGCAAGUCGCCAGUCGCCUGCUUCUCGUCUGGGGCAUCAUGGCGCCCUUUGGUGGCGAGAUUGUCGGUAACAGUCGUACUCAGCUCGGCGAUUACGCGUACCUGGGCUGUGUUGCGGCCUGGGGAAUUACGGAGAUCAUUCGCUAUGGGUUCUUUGCAAUCACGCUUUCGGGGAAUAGUGUGCCGAGCUGGUGGACUUGGUUGCGGUAUAACACUUUCUAUGUGUUGUAUCCGAUUGGUAUCUCGAGCGAGUGCACACUUAUUUACAAGGCUCUGGGGCCGGCGGCGGAGAUUGAUCCGUUAUUCCGGUGGGCGUUGAUCGCCAUUUUGGUUAUCUAUGUGCCUGGCUCCUACGUGCUCUAUACCCACAUGAUUGCGCAGCGCCGAAAGGUCCUUCGAGGAAAGAAGCGCAGUGAUUAG